AUGUCCGACACCAACUCGUUCCCUGGGCUGCCUCAGGUCUUCAACUUCUUCAAGAAUCUGUUUUCGCAUGUCCUUCGAACUUCGAAUAAUGUUCCUCAGCACAUUGGUUUGAUUAUGGAUGGUAAUCGCCGGUGGGCUAAACGGAAGCAUGUCGAGAUCAAAGAGGGUCACAAUGCAGGCUUUCAUAGCAUGAGCCGGGCUCUGGAGCUCUGCUACGAAGCUGGCGUAAGCACAGCGACGGUUUUUGCAUUUUCGAUUGAGAAUUUCAAGAGAAGCGCUGCGGAGGUAGAUUCGCUAAUGAACUUGGCAAGAAGUGGGAUUAGGCAGGUUGUCCAAAACGGUGAAAUGGCUGAGAAAUUUGGUGUCAAGAUCAAGGUGAUUGGUGAUCGUCGUCUGCUACCGGACGAUGUUUUGCAGGAAAUUGAGACUGCGGAAGAGAUCACCAAGAACAACACUAGGGCAGUGUUGAAUAUCUGUUUCCCUUACACAGGACGCGACGAACUCAUACAUAGCAUCAAGGCGAACAUAGACAGCAUGAGUUCUGGACAGCUAGAAGCAUCAGACAUUGACGAAAACCAGAUUGACAAAUAUCUCUACACGGCAGAGUCCCCGCCAGUAGAUCUUCUGAUUCGAACCAGUGGUGUGACCCGUCUGAGCGACUUCUUGCUGUGGCAAGCAAGCCGAAGAGGGGUUGUAAUUGAGUUUCUUGACUGUUUGUGGCCCGACUUCGGUUCCCGGCAGAUGGCAUGGAUUCUGCUCAAAUUUGCAUUCAAUCGAAGCUACCGCGCGUCCGAUCUGGACUUUGAAGAAGAGACCGACGGCGACGCAACGGCUAAUCCAAACAAAAACCACAUGUAG